CUAAACAAAAAAAAAUGGUAAGGAGAUAGCGGAUCCUUUUGCCUAAAUUCCUUUGCAAGGUGACCACAAUUCCAACGAGUGACUUUCCUAUUUAUUAAGGAACUUGUACCUCACAAACAGACAAAACACGUAGUUGGUUAGUUGAAGAAAAUUAAAGGGAGAGAUGUGCUUCGUCAACGUCCGACAAGCCCGGUCUCCGGUACCAUGAUGACAUGUCCGCCGCCGCCAGUCCGGCCGCCGCCUCGCUCCGCGGCAAGAGCUCGGAGAUCAAGACCCUCCUCCUCCGCGGCCUCGCCUCCUCGGGCCAGCUCAAGCAGGUCCACGCCUCCCUCCUCCGCCAUGGCCUCGACCAGGACCCCUCCCUCCUCAACCCCGUCCUGCGCCGCGCCUUCGACUUCCCCGACGCCGCGGGCUACCCCGGCCUCCUUUUCCGCCAGGCCAGGCGACCCGGCGUCUAUCUGUGGAACACGAUGAUCCACGGCUUGGUCUCGAGCGACCGUUUCGGCGAGGCUCUGGACUUCUACCGCUCGAUGCGGAGGGACGGUCUGUUGCCCGAUUACUUCACUCUGCCUUUCGUCUUGAAGGCGUGCGCGAGGCUUUCGGAGUUCGAGCUCGGCCGGAGGAUGCACGCACUCGUGGUAAAGAUGGGUGUGGGCCUCGAUGCCUAUGUCCAGACCGGGUUGCUCUGCUUUUACACGAGAUGCGGAUGUGUCGAAGACGCGUACAAGGUGUUUGACGAUAUUCCCGACAAGAACGUGGUUUCGUGGACUGCGAUGAUAACUGGUUUUAUCGAGUACGAGAGGUUUGGGGAGGCGGUUGCUAUAUUUACAAGGAUGUUGGAAAUGGGUCUCAGGCCGGAUUGUCUUACCCUUGUUAAGGCGGUGUCUGCAUGUUCGCGUCUGGGGGAUGCGCGCUGUGGAGAGUGGAUACACAGAUAUGUGACAAACAUUGGCAUGGAAAAGAAUGUUUUUGUUGCUACCUCAUUACUGGAUAUGUACGUCAAGUGCGGGAACAUGGAGAAGGCGCGCUACUUGUUUGACACGAUGCCUGAAAAGGAUGUGGUCCCCUGGAGUAUCAUGGUUCAAGGUUAUGCAUCUCACGGCCUCCCUAGAGAGGCUUUGAGCAUCUUUUUCCAGAUGCAGAGGGAGAACUUAAUGCCUGAUUGUUAUGUCAUGGUUGGGUUACUCAAUGCUUGCGCUCAAUUGGGAGCGCAGGAGUUUGGCUGCUGGGCGAGCAACUUGAUAGACAGAAAUGAGUUUCUGGAUAAUCCCAUCUUGGGCACGGCAUUGAUUGACAUGUACGCAAAAUGCGGAAGUGUGGCUCGAGCCUGGGGAUUUUUCAGAGAAAUGAGAGAGAGGGAUCGAGUGGUCUGGAAUGCUGCCAUAACUGGCCUUGCCAUGAAUGGGCAUGUCAAACCUGCAUUCGGGUUGUUUGGCCAAGUGGAGAAGCUUGGGGUUCGGCCUGAUGGCAACACAUUCAUGGGCUUGCUUUGUGCAUGCACCCACGCAGGUCUGGUAAAUGAGGGCCGGCAAUACUUCAACAGCAUGGUUAACGUAUUUUCUUUGCCUCCUACAAUAGAGCAUUAUGGAUGUAUGGUGGAUCUCCUCGGCCGUGCGGGUCAUUUGGAAGAGGCCCAUAAUUUGAUCAAAGAUAUGCCUAUGGAACCAAAUACCAUUGUUUGGGGCGCAUUGCUUGGUGGAUGUAGGCUCCACCGAGACACCAAGCUGGCAGAACAUGUACUGAAGAAGCUGAUUGAAUUGGAACCAUGGAAUUCAGGUAAUUACGUUCUCUUAUCCAAUAUUUACUCCUCAAGCCGUAGAUGGGAUGAUGCAGCUGACAUUAGGUCGAGAAUGAAUAAUCAAGGGAUCCAAAAAGUACCUGGAUAUAGUUGGAUUGAAGUAGGUGGUAUUGUCCAUGAAUUCCUUGUUGGAGAUGAGUCUCAUCCCAUGUCAAAGGAAAUAUACGCAAAGCUUGAGGAACUGGCUAAAGAAUUGAAAGCAGGUGGUUAUGUUCCUACGACGGAGUUUGUGUUGUUCGACAUAGAAGAAGAGGAGAAGGAGCAUAACCUGAGUUGGCAUAGUGAGAAGCUGGCCGUUGCAUUUGGUCUGAUAAGCACAGGCCCAAAUGUGGUUAUUCGAGUGGUGAAGAACCUCCGAGUAUGCGGUGAUUGUCAUCAGGCACUUAAGCUUAUUUCUAAGAUUACCCAGAGAGAGAUAAUUGUUAGGGAUAAUAACCGAUUUCAUUGUUUCAUUGAUGGCUCUUGCUCGUGUAGAGAUUACUGGUGAAGUGGCAUAUGAAUUGGCUACAGAAACACUACAGAAUCUCUGGUUCCGGUGUCUGACAUGUCAUUUGUGUAAGAUCUCUUAGCAACUGAUUCUCUUCAGCCUUGAGAGAAAGACUUGAUCAAUUUCGCGGCAACGCUACUCUUCUAGUCGGUCCAUUGGACGUUGGUUUAGUGGCGAGGAUGAGCAGAAAGGGCACAACCCAUGUUCGAAAGCAGACGGAAACUCUCAUUUAGUAACAUCAAAAGCCAGAGGAACUAAUACUCACUUUUUUUUUUUUUUUUUUUUUGGGGUGGGUG